AUGAAGGGUCGAGUAUUUAGGGCGCAUGCACAACCUUCUGUUAGCUCUCGCGAGGUUUCGUCUUCCCGGAAGCAGUGGAGCAUUUUUCCAGUUACCGACGUCGCAAUGUGUGGGGACUGUGUGGAGAAGGAAUAUCCCAACCGGGUGAGCGAGCUGAACUUUACAGGAUGUGCAGUGUGCAAUAAGCGAGAUUUUAUGCUGAUCACAAACAAAUCUUUGAAAGAGGAAGAUGGAGAAGAAAUAGUUACCUAUGAUCAUCUGUGUAAGAAUUGUCAUCACGUAGUAGCCAGGCAUGAGUAUACAUUCAGUAUCAUGGAUGAAUUUCAGGAGUACACCAUGCUGUGUCUGUUAUGUGGCAAAGCCGAAGAUACUAUCAGUAUUCUCCCUGAUGACCCGCGACAAAUGACUCUGUUAUUCUAAAGAUCCUUCUGCAAUUCUGUUGUGACUAUGUUGUGUUGGUUUACAAUACAGCAAGCCUGAUGGUUUGUCUUAUAUAGUUUACAGUGGAAAUUAUUUGCAUUUUUUUCUGCUUAUACUUACCUAUUCUUUGAAAAUAGGUAAUUUAAGAGAUUACUAUUCUCUAAAGCUGAGCUCUUCUGCUAAAAUUCCCAGUUCACAUCAGUGCAGCCACAAUGAAGCAUCUUUGGUAGUAGUUAUAUGGCUGAAAAAUAACUAGAACGGGAGCAUACUUAGUGCCCAGAUCUUGGUUCCAAAAAAAAGAAUCAGGGUUCCUUGGAGAAAUAACCGAUUCUAGGACUGGGGCAGUAAAUAUACAAGAUGAGCUAGUAGCAUCUUGUGCCACAAAAAAAGAAAGUGCAAAAAACAAAACAAAACACAGCACAAUGGUUGGGUAUGCCAAAGGGACAGAAGAGCCAACUGAAGGGGUCCUCAGUAACCAAAGCUGGAACAAUUCAAAUUAAAAAAAUUGAGUAGCAUUUGAUUAUAACCCAAACUUUAAAUAUUCAUGACUCCAUAUUGGUAGAAAUAAAUGAUUGAAUAAAUAAAUAUGUAAAUUGAAGAGAAUAGACAAAUCUCUCAUACAAAAGAAUUUCAAAUAGUGUAUGUAAAUACUUUUCACUCCUUGAGUGUGAGUUGUGUGUAGCAACUUCCUUCUAGUAUAUAGUAUAGAAAGGAGAAAAAGUAACUUUACAGUGGAAAAACCUGACACACUAGCCAAGUGAUCAAGAUUAAUGUCAUUGAUAAUAAACCAUGUUGAUAGCAUGUACCCUUGAUAGAAUUUGAUGAGAAUCACACUUUACCUUUGUAGUCUUUUCCCCCAAACCCCAUAACACCAGUCUAAUCAUGAGAAAUACAUCAGACAAGACCAGUUGAGAGACAUUCUAUAAAAUACCUGACCAGUGCUCCUCAAAACUGUCAAGUCAUCAAAGAUAAGGAAAAGGAAGCCUGAGAAACUCUCAUAGCACAGCCAAAAAGAGCCGAAGGAGACAUGACUCUAAAUGCAAUGUGGACCAGAGGGGAGGGGGAGGGGGUAAGUAGACAGGGGGAAAAAAAUUUAAAUCAUUUCUUUAGUUAAAAAAAAUUUUUUUUAAUAAAAAAUAAAUGUAAUGUGGUGUCUUGAAUGGGAUCUUGCACCAGAAAAAGGACAUUUGGUGAAAAUUAGGGAAAUCUGAAUAAAGUAUGGACUUUAGUUAAUACAAACAGAGGUUUCAAUUGCUCCAAGGAGAUCUUAGAAUAUCUUACCUUGCAUGGUUGAAAGAACACUAGCUUGGGUGCUAUAAACCCUGGCUUUUAGGUCUCUCUGCCAUUUGGUAGCAGUAUAGCCAUUAAGCAAAACAGUACUCUGGAUUUUAUUGUCCCCUUUUUAUAAAAUUGGGGUAUUAAGGAUUGAUAGUAUACUUCUUUUACAGGAUUGUAAGAAGAUCCAAAUGCACAAUGAAUGUAAAAUGCUUUGAAAGGCAUAUAAAGUACUAGAUGGAAUGAGAUGGUUUCAGUUCUUCUCAUUCUGAGACCAAAUUUAAAAGGGUCAGGCAUUAGAGACAAAAUUGUUUUCCUCUUCAGAUUGGAGACUUGGGCAUUCUGACCUCAGGCUUUGCUUUAUAAGAAAAAAAGGAAGCAAAAUGUUCAUUGUUGGUACCAGGGGAAAGCUUUGUUGUACAACAGGAACAAUAAUAAUAACUGAGGUUUAUUGAGUACUUAUUAUGUGCCAAGGCCUUUUUAAGCACGGACCUCAUCCUCAUUAACAACUUCACGUGGUAGUUAUUGUUAUCCCAAUUUUAAAGCCAAAGAAACUAAGGCACAAAGAAAUUAAGUAGCUUACUCAAGGUCACACAGCUAGUACAGUGACUUCCUCUCAGUAGUGUUCAGUACACAUGCAGUAUAAGGGCAAGACAAGGUUAGGAAGAGGUUGAAAAUAUCACUGACCACACUCUGAGAAAUCUAGGCAUGUCAGACCAAGAUUAUUUGGAAAAGUUAAAUCAGCUGCUCCUGAGAAAUCAGUUGUUUUAUUCCUGGAAAAAUGUUUUCCACUUUUUGCAAAUCUAUAUGUGACCUGCUGAGGAAAUCAUUUGGUAAAAUGAAUCCAGAAAGCAGAGAGAAUGCUUCAUUACUUUAAAUAGCAGCACUAAGCCCAUUAUAGCCUCUGAAUUGUCCCUUUUUGGAGUUUGAAUGCUUCCAACUUAGUUAUUUGGAACUCAAAAGAGUAAUUUAUGUGCCCUUCCUGAUAUCCUUAUCUAUUGUAGAAUUUAUGAUUAUCUAUCUUGGACUAUAUACUACAAAAAUUUAAAACAUAUCAUAUGCAUAUUAUUAUUUAACCAAAAUUGUGCUAUGUGUUUUGAUACUUUCUUUUUUGUCUUCUAGAAGUCCCUGGAUCUAAUAGAAUAAAGAUCUUUGAACCCA